AGCUAACAUGAGUUGGUCUGGGUUCAAGAAGUCUGUGAACAGGGCGGGAACCACGCUCCUGCAAAAGACGGGUCAGAUCGAGCGCACGGUUGACAGAGAAUUUGCCGACGAGGAGGCCAAGUUCAAGGUCUUCGAGAAGGAAUGUCAGGCACUUCAGAAGGAUAGCAAGGGGUACUUGGAUGCUAUGCGAGCAAUGACUGCGGCCCAGGCGCGAAUAGCAGAGACAUUGGACGUAUUCUAUGGCUCUGCUGACAAGGCUUCAGAGGGCGCCAUGGCUGCGCAUGCUUAUAAGCGAGCAGUUGACGACUUGGAUACCGGUAUUGGAAGGGAGCUGGAUGCACCAUACCGUACAACAGUGCUGGAACCGCUAGGGAAGAUGAACGCAUACUUCCCGAUCGUGAACGAGCAUAUCUCGAAGCGCAACAAGAAGCUACUGGAUUAUGACGCCGCCCGGAGCCGAAUGCGAAAGCUAAUCGACAAGCCCAGCGAAGACCCCACCAAGCUACCGAAAGCCCAACAAGAGCACGACGACGCCAAGGAAGUAUUCGACAUGCUCAAUGACCAGCUCAUCGCCGAGCUCCCGCAGCUGCUCGACCUCCGCGUGCCCUUCUUCGACCCCAGCUUUGAGGCCAUGAUCAGGAUGCAGUGCAAGUUCGCCGAAGAGGGCUACGAGAAACUCAGUGGCGUGCAACGGUACUUUGCUGACGGCGUGAGAGAUGAUUACGCAGCUGGACAGUUGGAUGCACAGGUGGAGGGUGUCCUGCAAGAGAUGCGGGAGCUGUCAAUAUGCGGUGCUGCAUAGCCGCCUAUGCGAUGUAUACCACAGUGAUCUCAACAUGUAUAACUGGAGGACUUACCUUUUAUCAUUCAUAUUGCUGUACUUACAAGUGGUUACGAGGGGAGCGGAAUCUGGAAUGAGCAAGCCCUCCCGAAGGCAAGUCCAUCGGUCCAAGUCGAU